AAGAUAAUUCACCUAUGGUGGGUACUAACAGGAACAAGCGUCCCAAUUCCCUCCUCCAUGGCAACUGCUAUGUCAGCCAUUUUUGUGCCUCCCGCUUCACUCGCUUCCUCCAAUACACGAAUGAGUUCAUUGAACGAGAAACUGGUUAUUCCCCAAAAUUUUCCAUUCCGGACUCCCAAGUACCAGUCUAGGAAACCACCGUCAUGCUCCGGUACCAAGGGCACGGUCGUCCAAGGUGAUCGGAAUACAACCGAACUACCAAUGAGUAUCGACGCUCUUAACAGUUUCAUUCGCCUCAAUUUGGGCAACUGGACCGGCUCUUUCCAUCAAUUUGAUGGUCAUGGAAAUUUGAUGCAUAAAAUUACAACGAAGCUUUCUGCGGGCUCUUAUGGUGAAGGUGAACUGAUGAGCUUAUUACAGACGUUAUACAUCAAACAACCUCCAUCUACCACUUCAUAUUCUGAUGAUGAUUGUGAGCCAGAAUGGUUUGAGUACAAAAUCAAAGAGACCAACAUGUUUACCGUAGACAAAUAUCAACAGAUUGGCUUCUUCCCUGAGGAGAAGGCAUACGCACUAAGAUAUCAGACAGCUGGCAUGUUAGAGACUGUGUUAAGACAGGGAGUGCUAGGUGAAGAUGAUGUUGGAGAGGAAUCACCAAGAAAUCUGAAGCUUCCCUCUAAACAGCCUUCUAUUGUAUGUGAGAAUUGUCUUUAUUCACUGGAGAAAGAUAGGCGAGUGAGAGCCUUUCAUAUAAUGGACCCAAAAGGGAUACUGGAAAUGAUUCUAGUUUUCCUUGAAGAAAGAGGUAACAGAGAGGCCAUUCCUCCCUCCUUUGACAAUUUUAAGGAGGAUUCUGAAAGGAUUCUGCCUCAUCUUGGAACUUGGAAAGGUCAUUCGCAAACAACGCGUACUGGUGUUUAUGGAGCAACAAUUACUGAAGCAAAUACAACUGCUGUUCUUGAAAUUAACAAGGACGGCCAGCUAGUUCAGGAUAUCACGUCUACUUCUGGUGCGACCAAUAUUACAACGAAUGUACAUUGGACUGGUACCAUGUCCGAUAACCUAGUGACAUUCGAUGGUGGUUUCCAGCUUACUUUGUUGCCUGGGGGCAUUUACAUGGGAUACCCAUCUGACGUUGCCAAGAAUGUGCAAGAAUCCACAGCAUUUCAUCUGGAGUUUUGUUGGCUUGAAUCGCCUGGCAAGAGACAGAGACUUAUCCGCACUUACGAUGUAGAGGGCCUUGCUGUUUCAUCCACAUAUUUCAUCGAGACCAAAGUCUAAGUUGUUUCUCCUGAUUCAAAAAGAGCUACGUCAGGCAACAUAUUUUGCUCCUGGAUAUAUCAUUUUUUUCCUGGGUACAAUUACCAUUAUAGUAUCAAUUGUGUCUUUCUUUCUAUAGAAGAUCCAACGGAAUAUAGAAUAAUUGUGUCACGUUAUUAUUUGAUUGAUGCUAAUACAUGUUCCACAAAAUGUAUAUAUAAUUCCCCCGGCAACCUGAAAUUAAUUUUUGAGUUACCUUUCUCACUAGACUA